ACAUAUAUAUAUAUAUAUAUAUAUGCAGUUGCAAGAAAAAUAUCUAAGGUUUGGUUGUCGAUUGCUAUCAGAAAUGCUAUAAAUAUCACAUCUAGGGUUAGGGUUAACAACCGAGGUCCUCUUGUAAUUGUUUUGAUCUUUCACUCCCUAACUAUUUCGAGCCGUAGAAAUUAAAGUAAAAGAACAAAAACUUUAUUAUACAUUUUUCUCUUCCUCUUUAAUAUAUAUACAUUAUUACAAGUUUAGAUUUCAUAAAAAAAAGUCAAGAAGAAGAAAGAGCUGAGACGAGAAUUGAAGUGAGAAAGCAUGAGGAAGCGUCAGGUGGUGUUGAGGAGAGCCUCGCCAGAGGAACCUUCUAGAAGCUCGUCGACGGCUUCGUCUCUGACAGUGAGAACUGUGAGGUACGGAGAAUGUCAGAAGAACCACGCUGCGGCGGUGGGAGGUUACGCUGUUGACGGCUGCCGUGAGUUCAUGGCAAGCCGAGGAGAGGAAGGUACCGUGGCAGCGCUAACGUGCGCCGCCUGUGGCUGCCAUCGCAGUUUCCAUCGGAGAGAAAUAGAAACCGAGGUUGUUUGCGACUGUAAUUCACCUCCUUCUACUGGAAAUUAGAUAAGAAAAAUCUAGAGCUAGCUAUGAGUGUGUUUGUGUGUUACAUAUACAGAUGAUGAAACUGAAAAUAUUUUAUUUGCUUUUUUUUCUUCUUUAAUAUGAAAGGCUUGUGUUUCUUUGUGAAUUUAAGAAGAAACUAUAAGAGAUUUAUAGAUUGAAGGUGGUGGAAGCAUUGAAAGAUUUAUAAUAAUUGGAUGCUUUUGGGGUUUGAGAAUGUUCAGAAAAGGUUAGGCUUCUGAAGUGAAAUAUUAAGAUUAUUGUUGUUUUUCAUGUAUUAUAUUGUUUGAUUUGUAUUCUGGUUGGGUCAUGUUAUUGUAUUUUGAUCUAUUUUGAUUAUUUUGUCGAAGCUGACGAAGCAUGUGUGGUGUACUCGUGUUUCAAUUCAAUGUCGUCCACUCAAGACAAUUGUUAAGUGUAUUGUGAAAGGAAUUUGUUACAAAAUCAAUAUGUGUAUUUACUGAUAAAUGAAUGAAUGAGAUUGAUUGUUCCUUAACAUA